AUGGCGACGGCGGCGGCGACAUCUCCGGCUACCGCGCCCUCCUCCUUCCCCUCCACCGCCCGAAAGUCCACCCUCACGACCCUCCGCGUCUCUAGGAAGCUCAAACUCGCCCCCGCUGCGCUCUCGUCCGACCCGUCCCCGGCCUUCCGGUCCGUCACGGCGUUCGCGCCGGCCACGGUGGCCAACCUCGGCCCGGGCUUCGACUUCCUCGGCUGCGCUGUCGCCGACGCGUCCCUCUCCCUCGGUGACACUAUCACUGCCACCCUCGACCCAGCUCUGCCGCCCGGCACCGUCGCCAUUUCCGCCGUCACCUCCCCAGCCCGCCCGGACCUCGCCGCCCGCCUCUCUCGCGACCCGCUCCGCAACUGCGCGGGCAUUGCCGCCGUUGCCACGCUCCGUGCCCUCGGCGUUCGCUCCCACGCCGUCUCCCUCGAGCUCGCCAAGGGCCUGCCCCUCGGCUCCGGCCUCGGCUCCUCCGCCGCGUCCGCCGCCGCCGCCGUCAAGGCCGUCGACGCGCUCUUCGGGUCCCUGCUCUCCCCCCACGAACUCGUCCUCGCCGGGCUCGAGUCCGAGAAGGCCGUCAGCGGCUUCCACGCCGACAACAUCGCCCCGGCCAUCCUCGGCGGCUUCGUGCUCGUCCAAAGCUACGACCCGUUCAAGCUCGUCCAGCUUCCCUGCCCGCCGUCCCUCCGACUCUGCUUCGUCCUCGUCACGCCGGACUUCGAGGCGCCCACUUCCAAGAUGCGCGCCGCGCUGCCCAAGCACGUCGACAUCGGCCAGCACGUCCGCAACGCCAGCCAGGCCGCCGCGCUCGUCGCCGCCGUGCUGCUGGGCGACACUGCCGGCAUUGGCUCCGCCAUGUCGUCAGACGGCAUUGUUGAGCCCACCAGGGCGCCACUCAUACCCGGCAUGGCCGCGGUCAAGGCCGCUGCUCUGGAGGCCGGGGCGUUGGGAUGCACCAUCAGCGGAGCCGGCCCGACCGCUGUGGCUGUCAUCCAGGGGGACGAGAAGGGGGAGCAGAUUGCGAGGAGGAUGAUUGACGCCUUCUGGUUGGCAGGAAAGCUCAAAGCAACAGCCACCGUCGCCCAGCUAGAUAGAGCCGGUGCGAGGGUUAUCGCCACUUCUAGAUUGGAGUAGAAAGGUAACCUCUCAGUCUCUGAAAUGUGUAUCACUC